GACAAAACAUAUAGAAGAAUGAUGAGUAAUAACACAAAUUGACAUAAAACCAAGGUUUUUCAUUGCAUUGUUGACGUGGGCGAGUUGUAAAUAUAACUUUAAACAAUAAUCAGCGGCAGUGCUCGUCAAAUGGCUUUUGUAGCUCCUGCACUCUUCGUCAAUCACGGCGGAGGUCCUCUGCCACUUCUGGGGGACAAGGAUCAUGCGGGAUUGACAAAAUUCUUGCGUGACGAUAUUCAGAAACAUAUUAAUCUAAAGCUGAUCAAGGGCAUUAUUCUUGUGACAGCCCAUUGGGAGGAAAAUGUCGUGACUAUAUCCUCAGGCAGCCACCAUAGUCUGUACUUCGAUUACUAUGGAUUUCCGCCUGAAUCAUAUAAAUAUGAAUACGAUGCGCCUGGUGAUCCGGAAUUAGCUAAACGCAUCCAUCAAUCGCUAAAAAACAGUGGUAUAGAUUCAAAAUUAGACCCGAAAAGAGGUUGGGACCAUGGAGUUUUUGUUCCGAUGAUGUUAAUUAACCCAAAAGCUGACAUUCCGAUAGUUCAAAUUUCAGUUUUGAGCAACCAAGAUGCGGAGGAGCAUUUUAAACUGGGAAAGGCUUUGCAUCAAUUCAGGAAAGAGGGCAUAGCAAUAAUAGGAUCCGGGAUGUCAUAUCAUAACAUGAGAGAGUUCCAAUCACGUACGAAGCGAGAGGUAGUUAAUGGAGAAUUCGAUGAGUUUCUGAAUAGAGUUUGCACAGCAGACGAUGAGAGUAAAAGAAGAGACGGAUUGCUGGCUUGGCGGCAACAACCGGGUGCAACGGACGCUCAUCCGAUACGCGCAGCGGAGCAUUUCAUGCCAUUGAUAGUGAUAGCUGGGGCGGGAGGUUCAAAGCCUGGUGAACGGAUUUUUAACUGGGACAUGAGUGGUGCUUUUAGACUUAGUGGAUUUAUUUGGAAAGAGGAAUAAUUUAUAUUACAUACAUGUAAUCACGUCUAUUUCCCUUGCAGGGUAGACAGAGCCAGAUAAUUUAUAUUUGCCUAAAUGAUGCCACAAAUUAGGAUUAUAAAACAACACAAGUUUAUAGUUAUACUACUUUUAUGAGUUACACCGAUGUACAUGCAAAUAUAUCCCUUGUAGGGUAGACAGAACCAAGUCUUAAAAAGAUUGAUAUGCCAUGUUCAGCUGUUUGGCUUAAUGAUAGAAUUGAGAUUGAAAUCCUGACAAGUUGCUAGCCCAUCGCCUAAAAGAAGAAUCUCAGGUUUAUAAGCCUAUCCCUUAGUCGCCUUUGACGACAUCCAUGGAAAAGAGAUGGAGUAGUCCAAUUCUUUUUUCUAUUGGUGUCGGGAACCAUACGGCACCGUAGUACCUGCAAAGUGUUAAUUUUUGUAUGGCGCGAAAGUAUUUGACAGCACGCGAUUUGAACCCGCUAACUGUCGAGAUAGCAAAAGACUUUUUGUUGUUGGAUUAAAAGUUUAAUGCACUUGUAAUAUGGUCGUUAUUUCAUUGACUUUUCAUUCUGUGUUCGGCGGUAGGUCGCGAUAUUCUGCUUAGUCGAAUAUUGUCGAAGUGUCCUUUUAAACGUGGUAUUACUGUACAUAUACUAAACAAAAACUUUACACAUGAAUUUUUUUUUUAUUAUAUUAUGCAAAAAGGAACUUUCAAAUUCAAAAAUUUUAUUCAUUAUUAUGGGACAUUUCAAUAUCACACAAUAAUUGUGUUAUGUUUCGGUUUCACAACAAUUGGUUGAGGUCAAAUAAAUUACACAAAACUGUUUAAUGUCGCUUCCAAAGCGUCAGUGCAGUAGAAGCGGUAACAAACAGCACCGCAGCAUUUUCUUCAGUAACGUCAACUUCACAACAAUCCAAACUUAGAAUAGAAAUGUGGACGAGAGAAUACAUUUUUAACAUUCAUUUAAUCGAAAUUUAAAUAAUAAAAAAAAAAAUAAUUUCGUUUCGAAUGUCAAAUUUAAAUAAAUUGAUGUACAGAGUGUAUAGAGUGAGAGCCCGCGACGUAUAUAAAGGCAGGCAGCAGGCUAUAGGCGGUUGUAGUUAUAAUUAGAUUUAAGUGAUGUGACGUCAAUAAGAAUAGAAUAAUGUUCAAAAUUGGAUCACUUAUUCACGUCACAUCACUAAAAUCUAAUUAUAACUACUACUGCUUCCAAAGCGCAUGUGUAGAAGAAGCGGCGGAACAAACUACACUGCAGCAUAAGUGUGUACGUAUGUAUGUAAUGUAUCUAUUCUAUAGUAUACAUAGGCUGGGUAUUAUACCUGUAUAGGAACUCCUAUACAGGUAUAAUACCUUAUAUUAUAAUA